GUUGUUUCGCCGUUAAUCGAAAAUGUUUGCGGCGACGUUAGGAUGUACGAAAACGUUUUCUCGCCAAAACUGUGUGAAUAGCAGUAGAAAUCUGCCGAUUAAAAUGUCUUAAAUCGUCUACGUAUAGUACAUAAAAGAACCAAACGUGAAAGUGAUCGAAUUAAAACUAAGCGCUCGACUUGGAAGCGUAAUUCAUAAAAAAGUAAAAAAAUAUAUAUAUAUAUAUAUAUAUUUCGGUGUGCCAGUGAGUGCGGAAAUAGUAGUUGCAAGUGCAAAAUACUGCGUAAAACGUGAAAGUUUCCAAUAACACCGAACCAACGGCCGUUUUGUAGUAAAUAUACAUACGCGCCUAGUACAUAUAUACAUACAUUCGAAUAUACACACAGCCGAAUAUCCACCGACGAAGCUAACUGCUUAUUGCUUUUUGCUGAUGUAAGUUGACAUCAAAAAAGAAGUCCAAGAGUAACGUGGCAGAGGCGAAACACCGGCGCAGCGUCACUAGCAGAUAACAAGCAGUCGGUCCAAAUUUUAUAUCCAAGAAAGCGAGCGCAUUUGACGCUUGCGGGGUGACCAAAUGCAUAGACAACAUAUGUCGCACCCACGAGCAGUCCAAGACCAAGAGUUGCGUCCCCGACCGUUUGUUGUAUAUUACAUACGCUCAUAGAGGGCGGCCACCCCACCAAAGCAGACAGAGAGUCCUUGCACUUGGGCAGGGAUCCAGAGAGCCUCAGAGUGCUCAGCAAGCCGGACCAGCAGCGGCACAGCAUUAAAGGUUGCGCCAAGAAAAGAGCAACAAAGAAGAUGAUGAAACGCACCCGUGUCGACGAGGUGCAGUUCGGGACACGACCCGGUCCUCCGACAUCUGGUGGCGUGGGCGUUGGAGUCGUGGGCGUGGCAGGAGGAGGCCCAGCGUCAGGCAGCGGUGGCACCGCUACCGUUGGCGUCAACACAGCCGGCGUGACCAUAGGAACUGUGGUGCCAGGUGGUGCUCACAACGCCACCAUCAGUGGCAUCGGUUCCAUUCACCAUCGCAUCCUUACCCCACAGCAUGGAGGAGCCCAAACCAUUGCGUAUUUGCCGUCCACCACGCCGUCGGCAACGAAUUUGAAGACCACAAGCUCGAUUGUGGACAGUACUAGCGCUGGAGGACCAGUGGGAUCAGGUGCCCAGGUGGCCGUUGGAGGAGUAGGCGCCGCAGCUGGUGGCGGAGGCGUGGCCGUUUCCACCGGCAGCACGGGCACCCAGACAUUACAGUAUACAACAUCUUAUAGCGUGGCUUCCAUUCAGGCGGGUGGAACUCUCAAAGCCAACACAGCCGAUGUGGCCAACACGGUACAGAUUCACGUGACAGGUGGAGCAGGAGCAAACAAUCCUGCCAGUGCACAGACUGUUUCGAGCAGCUCACAAACGGGCACACUUCGUCAGCGCACAAUCAGCGGCACCCAGACGGUGGCCACUGCUGUCGGAAACUUGGCCUCGAUGUCCCAACAACAACCAGUUCAGCAGCCACCAUUGGCUGCCGCUCAAACGCCGCCAUCAUCCGUGGUGGCAAACAGCAUCCCAGUGGGUGGGACCACGCCGCCGCAGGGACAAUCGGGUAAUGCCACGCCACGCUUGAAAGUGGAAGACGCUUUGAGCUACCUGGACCAGGUGAAGUACCAGUAUGCCGACCAGCCGCAGAUCUACAACAACUUCCUGGACAUUAUGAAGGAGUUCAAGUCGCACUGCAUCGACACACCCGGAGUGAUUGAGCGCGUAUCGACGCUCUUCAAAGGACACACGGAGCUUAUUUAUGGCUUCAACAUGUUCCUGCCGCCGGGCUACAAGAUCGAGAUUCACUCGGAUGCGCUUGGCUGCUCGGUGCCUGUUGUCUCGAUGCCUUCGCCCCCGGGAGCACCGUCGAGCACGGGAACGGUGCACAUGCUCACCGGAAGCAGUCCCUUGUCAGCCGGUCAUAUCGCCAUCAAGACGACCAAUGCGGCAACCCUGACAUCGGCAACAGGAGCAGUAGCUGCAGCUGCAGCAGCCGUGGCUCAGAUCCAAUCGGCAGGAGCCGUGAACCUAAUGACCCACGGCGGAGCAUCCCUUACCCAGACCACGAUCCAUGCCCUGCAACAGCAGGCGACGCCACCGCAGUCGCAAUCUCCGGGCGGUGGUCAUGUCCAUGUGAGUGUGACUAGCUCUCCGGCGUCAAGUGCCGUGGUGACCGGCCAACAGCCACCGGGCAUCUCCGUGUCGGCGCAUAACGUGCCGCGAGACUACUCGAGAGAUCGAGAAAGAGCCACCAUAACCCCCACGGGCCAAGUGGCAGGUGGCGCGGCCAACGCGAAUGCCGCCGCCAGUAUUGUGGUCGGCGGACCUCCGACGCCGAAUUCUUUGAGUGAGUUGAGUCCCCACGGAGGAGCAGGAAGUGGUCCGGGAGCGGGAGCGGCCCAGCACAAUCUGCAUCACAUCCAGCAGGCGCACCAAUCGAUUCUCCUAGGGGAAACGGGCCAGCAGAACCAGCCGGUGGAGUUCAAUCACGCCAUAACCUAUGUAAAUAAGAUCAAGAACCGUUUCCAAAAUCAGCCGGCCAAGUACAAGAAAUUCCUGGAAAUUCUGCAUGCCUAUCAAAGGGAGCAGAAGGCCAUGAAGGAGGGCAGCCUGAUCCAGGGUAAAAUGCUCACCGAGCAGGAGGUGUACACGCAGGUGGCGAAGCUCUUUGGCCAGGACGAGGAUUUGCUGCGGGAGUUUGGCCAAUUUCUGCCCGAUGCCACCAACCAUCAGUCGGGGCAGUACAUGUCCAAGUCGGCAUCUGUGCACAACGAUCAUGGCAAGCGGCCCACGGCCACUUUGAGCGGUGGAGCCCACAUCACCAUGUCCUCGGCAUCCCCAGCACCGGGAGGUUCCCCCCUGCAUCUGGGUGGCGGCGCAGCGACAAUCCCGCAGAUCGACAACAGUGCCCAUGCAGCGGCCAUCGGAAAUCUGUCGGCGGUGAACACUAGUGUCAGCAUCAAGACGUACAACAAUAACCAGCAACAGCAGAAUCAUGUGAUUGGUUCCGGCUUGAAUUCGACGACUCGAAACGAUGUCCUCUUUGAGAAAGACUUUCACCCGAGUCUGCAGCAGCAAGCGCACCAGCGAGGAGCCGGAGUGGGUGGCCAUCACCACCUGGCCGGAACUCCAGCGGGUGCCAAUAUCGGGCGGCCCGGUGUUGGAGCCAGUGUAAUGGUCGCCUUCGAUAAGGAGCACCGCAACAAUCAUCACGUGCAGAAGUACGUGGGACACGCGCCGAAUGCAAACCUUUCGCAUGGCCACAAUGCCAAGAAGUCGCCCAGUUAUGGCCUCACCUCGGUGAUUGGUUCCAUGCCGCACAUGUCGGAGAACUCUCUCGAUCGCAGCUCGCCGGGAAUCAAUUAUCCCACGCCGCCGCUGCCCUCCGGUCAUCAUGGACAGCACAAUUCCGGCUCAGCUUCGAGGCGUCCGGGCGACGACAGUUUGGCCGGGCACUAUGCCAGUGGAGCACCACCCGCUAAGCGACCGAAGCCUUAUUGUCGGGAUGUGAGCUUUUCGGAGGCCUCGAGCAAGUGCACCAUCUCGGACGCCGCCUUCUUCGACAAAGUGCGCAAGGCGCUGAGAAGUCCAGAGGUCUACGACAAUUUCCUUCGAUGCCUGACUCUGUUCAACCAGGAGAUCGUCUCCAAAACGGAGCUCCUGGGUCUGGUAUCUCCGUUCCUGAUGAAGUUUCCCGAUCUGCUCCGAUGGUUCACCGACUUUCUGGGCCCGCCGUCCGGUCAAGCGGCUGGCGGUUUGAUCGAUGGCAUGCCGUUGGCUGCCACGCAACGGCAGGGAGGCGGUAGCAGCAAUAGUUCCCAUGAUCGGGGCAGCAGCCACCAGAGCGCCGCGGAGUAUGUCCAGGAUGUGGAUUUGUCAUCGUGCAAGCGACUGGGUGCCUCGUACUGUGCGCUGCCCCAGUCCACGGUGCCCAAGAAGUGCAGCGGACGGACAGCUCUCUGCCGGGAGGUGCUCAACGACAAGUGGGUCUCCUUCCCCACGUGGGCCAGUGAGGAUUCCACUUUCGUGACAUCGAGGAAAACCCAGUUCGAGGAGACAAUCUACAGGAAUAUUCACAGAACGGAGGACGAGCGCUUCGAGCUGGACCUGGUCAUCGAGGUGAACAGUGCCACGAUCCGUGUGCUCGAGAAUGUCCAGAAGAAGAUGUCGCGCAUGUCCACCGAGGAGUUGGCCAAGUUUCACCUGGACGAUCACCUGGGUGGCACAUCGCAAACGAUACACCAGCGGGCCAUCCAUCGCAUCUAUGGCGACAAGUCCGGGGAGAUUAUUCAGGGCAUGAAGAAGAACCCAUCGGUGGCAGUGCCCAUCGUACUAAAGCGACUGAAAGUCAAGGAGGAGGAGUGGCGAGAAGCGCAAAAGACCUUCAACAAGCAAUGGCGGGAGCAGAACGAAAAGUAUUACCUUAAGUCUCUCGAUCACCAAGCCAUCAACUUCAAGCCUAACGACAUGAAGGCCUUGCGUUCGAAGAGUCUGUUCAACGAGAUCGAGACGCUGUACGAUGAGCGGCACGACCAGGACGACGACGCAAUGGAACCGUUUGGGCCGCAUCUCGUGCUGCCGUACAAGGACAAGACCAUUCUGGACGAUGCCGCCAACCUGCUGAUCCACCACGUGAAACGCCAGACUGGCAUCCAGAAGCAGGAGAAGCAGAAGAUCAAGCAGAUCAUCCGUCAAUUUGUGCCUGACCUCUUCUUUGCGCCGCGGCAGCCCUUGAGCGACGAUGAGCGAGAGGACGCCUUUCCAUUUUUGGUAGAUGACAAUACGAAAAUGGACGUUGACUCGCCUCUUGGUCGAACGGAGUCCACGUCGGCCAGAAAUGCCAAGAGUACGCCUAGCGAAGGUGCCUCACCGGCGCGCAGCAAUGCAAGCAGCAGCAGCGGAACACCGGCCGGUAUUAAGAAAGAGACUGACGACCCAAAGGCUGGCAGUGGACCUGCUGCAGCGGCGUCCGCAACAACGUCAUCUUCGGCGGACGAUGCGACACCAUCAACAUCCUCGGCAGCGGCGGCAGCAGCAGCAGCGUCAUCAUCCUCUGCAUCCGGUUCAGAAUCGAAAGCGAAAGAUGAGCCGAAUUCCGCGCACCGAGAUGAAGGAGCAGGCAUCAGCACCGCCGGAGCUGUCUCCAGCCCCAGGCACACUCAAGACUCGGGAGCACCAGGCGGCGAUGUGGAAAUCAAGGUGGAGCAUCCGGCGGAGUUUGCUAACCCCAAGCUAUUGCCUCCCCACGCACACGGACAGCAUGAAGACGAAUCCUAUUCGCUUUUCUUCGCCAACAACAACUGGUAUUUGUUUCUGCGACUACAUGCGAUCCUGUGCGAUCGCCUCCACGUCAUGUACGAGCGGGCGCGACUGCUGGCCAUUGAGGAGGAGCGGUGUCGGGCCAACCGGAGGGAGAGCACCGCCACAGCGCUCAGGCUGAAGCCCAAGCCAGAGAUUCAAGUUGAGGACUACUAUCCGACCUUUCUCGACAUGCUCAAGAAUGUCCUGGACGGGAACAUGGACUCGAAUACGUUCGAGGAUACGAUGCGGGAAAUGUUUGGCAUCUACGCUUACAUCUCUUUCACGCUGGAUAAGGUUGUCUCGAAUGCCGUUCGUCAGCUGCAAUAUUGUGUAACAGAGCGGGCCGCUCUGGAUUGCGUGGAGUUGUUUGCCACCGAGCAGAGGCGCGGCUGCACCGGCGGACUCUGUCGAGAUGCGCACAAGACCUUCGAGCGGGAGAUGUCCUAUCAGCGGAAGGCGGAGAGCAUUCUCAACGACGAGAACUGCUUCAAGGUGUACAUUUACAAGAUCGAUUGCCGAGUAACCAUCGAGCUGCUCGACUCGGAGCCCGAGGAAUUGGACAAGCCGGCUGCGCUGAAGGCCCAGAAGUUCAGCAAGUAUGUGGAACGACUGGCGAAUCCGGGUCUUGGCAGCGGCGGCGGCGGGAACGGUGCUGGCUCGAGUUCGGCGCUGGCCAACGACAACAUUGUGGAGGCGUCCGAUAUCAAGACGGAGGAGGAGGAAGAUACUGCCGAGUUGCGCCACAGAGGAGGUGGAAUCGGCGGUGGAGGAGCUCGCAAGGCGCGCUUCUUGCUGCGCAACAAGCGCCGGUCGCAGCUGCACGAGGAGCAAGUGCGUCAGUUGUUCGAGCAGAAGCAGAAUCAGAAUCAGAAUCGCAGCGAGCAACAGGCGACUGCAGCAGGGGUGGCCGUGGAAUCCGUCACCGGCGACAAUAUCAUCUCGAGCAGCAGUGCCUCUGGAGUCGGCGGCGGCGGUAACAAUAAUAAUAACAACAACAGCUGGGGCGGCAAACGUCUGCCGGAGCGUCUGGGAGCACCGCAGGUGGGCCUGGCCGAGCAGUACGCCUUCAACGAUCGCGACGAGAUCACCACAAACGCCAGCAACGGGCGAUGCUUUGUGUACAGCAAGAAUCUCAAGCUACUCAAGUACGAUGCAGUGCGUCGUGCCAAGAAGAGUCAUUGCCGCGUCACUCGAGCUAAAUACGCUCGCUUCCAGAACUACGUUAACAAGUGGCUGCAGCAGCAGGUCAGCGAGCAACUGCAGCAGAACUGCAUCGACUGGCUGCUGGGCAAGACGCCGGACCAGAUCAACGCAAGCGGCUGGGGUUCCGCCAGCAAGACAAAGACGAUACAGCAAAAGGACACGUCGAAGACGCCUUAUCGUAUCUACAACAGGUACAAGGUGGUGCAGAGCGCAGUCAGCGGGUUGAUAAGUGGCUCUGCCUCGACGCCAGACGGAGCCGUUCCGGCGGUUAAUUCCGUCCCGUCAGGCUCCUCAGCAUCUGCGGUGGGCAACGCACUGGCCUCGACGACCGUGUCUUCGACCUCCCACGCGAUGUGCAACAGCAGCAUUUUGUCCGCGGACUCGACUACCAACGCCAAUGCAACACCACAGCAGCAACAUUGCAAUAGCGCAGCAGCUGCAGCAUCGGCCACCACAAACGCGGAGGCACUGCAGCAGGUGCGACCAAUGGAGAGCUAACCGGCAAGGACGGCAGCAACAACAUCAGGAGCAGCAGUCGCUGCUUGGCCGGACUCGCUUACAUGACGAUAAAGAGAAUAACUAAAGAGGAUUAGCCUGUAUUCGAUGGCAAGUUUGGUUUUAAAUGUGAUACCAGUUCCUGGACGCGCGGUCAUCGAGAUUGCAGCUAUACCGACCCAACAGCGACUGGUGCAAGUUCGGCAUGGCGAUUGGGUGGGCACUGGAUGUUUUAACGAAAGGAAGGAAAACUCUUUUUCAUUUUGUACAAAAAGUCAUUUAAUCUUAGGCGAUUUGCUCCUAAUUAAGAAUUUUAUAGGCUUACAUUGCAUUAGUUUUACUCUGACAGCGUAUUGUUUUACUGAUGCGCUUUUAGUUUUUAGGGUUUAAAGUCGAUAGCAAACCACACACACACACACAAACACACCUUAAACACAAUCGCAAGCCCACAUGAGAUGAGUCACGUUUCUUUUUAAAGUUUUGUGCACUGCAAACCGAUCGAGACAGUUGUGUUAGUUUUUAGGAUUCGGAACACGUCUGUUUAGCGUUUUAACAUUUUAUAAAAGAAACCAAGCCCUUAUAUUUUUACAUAAAUGUAACGUAUUUUUUAUACAAAUCAAACAGAAACCCAUACACAAACCUUGUACAAUUCCUUGUGAAUACUAUUGAUUAUAAUUUACGCGUUUAAGGUCAUUAAAAUAAGUUGUAAAAACGUAAUGAACAGAUUAAAACAAAAGUUUAUCAAAAGUGAA